AGCUGGAUGGAAAAACUAAAAGACAAGGCUGGCUACAUGUCUGGGAUGCUGGUGCCCAUAGGGGUGGGGAUAGCGGGAGCCUUGUUCAUCUUGGGAGCACUCUACAGCAUUAAGGUGAUGAAUCGCCGAAGGAGAAAUGGCUUCAAAAGGCAUAAAAGAAAGCAGAGAGAGUUCAACAGCAUGCAAGAUCGAGUAAUGCUCUUAGCCGACAGCUCUGAAGAUGAAUUUUGAAUUGGACUGGGGUUUCAAUGGGAUAUGCAACAAUGUUAUUUCAUUUUUUAUUUUUUGAGAAAAAAAAAAGAAUGACAUCCUGCCACAUUGCUGCUAUCAGGUCCUUAGUCCUAGUUUCUACUAGGUAGUAGAUUUUUCUUGUACUGAGCAGAAAAGGCAUGCUGUAUACUAAAUGUAACAUACAAUGUUUGGUUUUAAUCUGUAGUGAAUUUUUCACAACAGUAAGCUACAACUCAUAAAUAUGCAGCAUAUAUGUUGUUCAGCAGGAGUUGCUAGGUUAGUUAGGUAGAGUAAAUAUUUUGUAUUUUUCCACAGUGUCUUUUCCUAGGUUUGGAUUACCUUCAUUAAAUAUAAUGAUUGUUGCUGCCAUGGCAUGCUUGACUUUGAAAUAGACAUUUAACAGAGUAACUUCUCAUGAUCACACUCUACCUGCUUGAAACCACAGGCUUGUGGGCCAUGGCACAUACCGCCCUUGCCUCAAAACUAGCAGCAGCUCGGGAUGAAAUCUUCUUUGUCAAGAAGAUCUCUCAGCACAUUUGGAUUAUGUGUGGAUUUGUAUGUAACUUGUAUAAUGUACUUCAGUCUCCUAGUUUUAUUAUUUUUUCACCUGUUUUAUUCUGUCUUGGCAAGGAAAAAAAUGCACUAGAAAUAAUACAUUAAAUUUACUCUCAAUCUUAA